AUGACUAACGGUAAGCGCAGUAGCAGAAAUCCUAACAAGCCUCGAUUCGACUCAUGGAAUCUAGUGACCGCUACAUCCGCUUUACGGAUAUUUCAGGCGAUUGGGUCCAUAUGUGCUUUGUUCCUGGUCGGCAGCGUCGGUUCUCACUUCUCUGCGACAUACGCCGUACUAACAACAGCGACGAUGGCAUCAAUUAUAAGCCCAGCUUUGGUUCUCAUAUUUGCUUUCAAUCUUCACACUGUCACUACUAACAUCGACUGGAUAUUCUGGGAAUCUAUUUAUGCAGGCUUUUUUGGAUUUCUUUUUAUUGUCAACAGCAUAACGAUGACAUACAGCAGCAUUCGUUGGGAGUACACUGCGUGGUGGCUCGGCACGGUUGUCUGUUUCCUAGUCGGCCUUGCUUUCAUAAUUGACCUCAUAAUUGUGGUGAGAGUGCAGAUCAAGCAUCCUUAUUUUCGCCACAGCCAAAGCACAGCUCAAAGAGAUCUACCGACAACUCCACGACGAUGA